CUUGGCGCAGUUAGCUUGACGCAGCGGAGAACCAAACGGAGGCAGAGCGGAUCAAUUUGGAGCCGCGGCGGUUGAACGGGAUUAUGCGACGACACUGAUUGCUGUAUCGAUUUCAUCAGAUAAAUGUUCCCUCACCUUCUUCUAAUAUGUGCUCAACCCACCGUUUCCUGAUCGAGUCCAUCAGCUGUGACGUCGUCUCGGUCUCCAGGGGUUAGUCUGUACCUGGCCCGUAUGCAGCCUGUCCUGGGCCCGGCCUAGUUCCUGGUGCUCCUUCGUUCCCACCACCUCCUCCCUCCUUUCCCUACCCUCCUCCCCCUGCCCCCUCCCUCCAUCCUCACCCCCCUCUCAAAAACACACACACACACGCAGCGACCCCGGCCUGGUGUCGCACAGCCAGACUCCCAGCAUUUAACCCAGACCGGCGGCCUGGCUGGCUGCCCCCUACAGGUGGAUGAAUGAAGACCCCAUUCAAGAGCCCAGCGGCCCCGCGGCCACGAGCAGACGGGGGACAUUCAGGCGUGUCUGCAAACAUGAUGAAGAAAAAGAACUCGCACAAGAAACAGAGGACCAGUGUUGGUCCCAGUAAGACUCUGGCUCAGCCCAGAAGGAACAUAGUGGGCUGCAGGAUCCAGCACAUCUGGAAGGAGGGCAGCAAGUCGUCUCAGUGGAAGGGGACGGUCCUGGACCAGGUCCCGGUUAACCCCUCCCUCUACCUGAUCAAAUACGACGGCUUCGACUGCAUCUACGGCCUGGAGCUGUACAGCGAUGAGCGGGUGGUGGGGCUGGAGGUGCUGCCCGACAGAGUGGCUCCGGCCCGUGUGAGCGACUCGCUGCUGGCGGAGACGAUGAUCGGUAAAGCGGUGGAGCACAUGUUUGAGACGGAGGACGGGCCGAAGGAGGAGUGGAGGGGGAUGGUCCUGGCCCGAGCUCCCAUCAUGACCUCCUGGUUCUACAUCACCUACGAGAAAGACCCGGUCCUCUACAUGUACCAGCUGCUGGACGACUACAAGGAGGGAGACCUCCGCAUCAUGCCCGACUCCAACGACAGUGUGACGGCGGAGCGGGAGCCCGGCGAGGUGGUGGACAGUCUGGUGGGCAAACAGGUCGAGUACGCCAAAGAGGAUGGCGGGAAGCGGUCGGGUAUGGUCAUCCACCAGGUGGAGGCCAAACCCUCUGUCUACUUUAUCAAGUUCGACGACGACUUCCACAUUUACGUCUACGACCUGGUCAAGACCUCCUAAGACCAGAACACCUGGUCCAGGACACCCUAGAAAGACUUACCAAGUCCUGCCUAGAUCCACCCAACACCCCCAGCAAAACCCCCCAGUGAAGAAAAGCCACAACUAGACUUGAAAACAUCCUGAGACUCACCACGAUGUGUGGAGACGCCUAGGACAGAUGAUAUCCAUUCUCUACGCUUUUCUUUGACGAAACGCCUUAAAAAAGGAAAAAAUACAAACAGUACCCCUUCGUUAAGACAGAAAACCACAAACCAGCUACAAGUCUUCAGACCACUCACUAAGGAGUUUCCAAUCAGUCAUCAUUCAUCCUUUCUGUCAGAUCCCUCUAGACUCUUUUAGGCUGUUCCCUCCAGACACACAGAUGAUCCAGUGCUUUUGGAAUAACUGACACCUGUAUUGUUAAAUUCAACUUUGGGACAUUUAUGGUGUUAAACCAACAAAAAUGUGGCUAAUUUAGCACGCAACCCAAACAAAUCUGGUUUCGUGUGAAAACCUGACCUAAAACCUGACCUGACCCAGACGCCCUGAGAUCUGUGAGGAAUCGAUCCUGAAAUCCCCCCAGACGGAGCAAAAGGUCUCCUGAGCAAAGUGUCAUAUGUUCCAGGGUCAAAACAGGUCUGAAACCAUAGAAGCCAACAGAAAGACCUCCUCCCCCUUUUCCUGAAACCCUGUCAGACCGUUUGAGACCUCCGUUAUGUGAGGAAGCGGGGUGUGCAGGUCCGGGUCUGCCAGGGUUAAUGAAGGGACAGGACUUCAGGAAUACAGAAACGUCAACCAGGGCCCCAAAACUAUCUGAACCAUUAUCCAGCCUCCAUCGUCUGUCUCCAUCUGCAUUAUAGUAGGUGGACAUGAGCAUUUGUCCACUCACAGAGCAUUCACUUACUGACCCGACCCCCCCUGCAGGUCACCUGUUGACAAACAAAGACGCUGAUUGAAAAACUCUGAAGGACGCUGUGGAAAAAAACCAGAGGACAAAGACUCGUUUCUUUUUCCAUACUUUUUAUCAUUUGUCUUUUUCCUGUCUGUGUUGAUUCCCACAUGACCCAUAAUGACUUCACGGCUUUAGAGAAACCUUCACGUUGUUGGCUGCAUCGUUCGGCCCAAAAUGUCCCGAUAGCAUCGUUAACUGUCCUCAUAAAUCCGGUUCACUGUUAGUCCCGAGGUUCCCGCCCAGGGUCAGUCUUAGUAGGAAUGCUAAUGAUACUAACGGGCUGUUUUUGAGUUGGAUUAAAAGCAGAACUUUCCCUCCUU